AGUUAUUUAUUUUCACACUGUUUGCAGGUUAACUUUGUUGUUUGGCACGAAUUUUACUUAAUUGCGAUGGGAAAACGUCGAACGCAGUCCUUGAUCGACUCCAAUUCUAGUGAUAGUGACAGCGAUGCGGAUACCAAUUUGGAAUCGGAUUUACUGUCGCUAGCCAGAAAGAGGAAGAAGCCAGCCAAUGCCAACAAAUCAGACUCGGACUCUGAUUGGGCCAACAACAAAUCGGGAGCACAAGGCGCCAAGAAGAAGCGUCCCAAGAAGGCAAGCAGAGAUUCUAGUUCAUCCGAGGAGAACUGGGAUGACGACAGUCAAGACGAGGGCGCAGCACCCGCUGCCGCCUCUGUCGCCGAGAAACGCGCUGAACCCGAACAAAAGAAACCAGGCGAACAGCUAAGCGAGCAGGAGGAGGGCGAGGUCUCAGACAGUGAUUCAGACAAUGACAAAUCCAAGUCAAAGUCGACAUCAUCGUCGAGCUCUGGCUCGGAUUCGUCCAGCUCAUCGUCGUCCAGCUCGGACUCUGAAUUCGACGAUGGCUACGAUGAUGAUCUAAUGGGUGACGAGGAGGAUCGCAAGCGUCUGAAUGGUUUGUCUGAGAAGGAGCGAGAAACUGAGAUCUUUAAGCGCAUCGAACAACGCGACCUGAUGCGCACCAGAUGGGAGAUUGAGCGCAAAUUGAAGCUGGCACGUCGUGGAGAACGAAAUGAACGAUCGAAGACAAAGGGACCCAAGAAGAAGACAAAGAAGGAGAAGCGCAGCAAGAAGACCAAGGAAAUGCCACCACCAAUGCCGGUGGCAAUGCCCGCUGAACUGGAGGCCAGCAAGAUCAGUGCGCUGGAGGCACGUGCCACAGCCAAGAGUCCCUCGCCACUGCCCUCGAUACGUGAAGGACCCUCGACCUCGAGCAUUGGCUCGGCUUUAGGAACGAGCAGCGGUGAGAAGAGUGGCGACGAACAGGGCGCCAGCGGUGUGUCCGAUUACUUUGAUCACAAGGAGCGUUCCAAGGAACGCAAGAAGAACGUGGAGGCAAACAAAACGGAUGACAAACGCAGCAAUGCGAUGGCUGCAUUGAAGGCCAAACGCGAAGGCAAAGCAAAACGAGAGGAGGAGGAAGCCAAGCGAUUAGCAGAACGAGAUCGGGAUGAUGACAAAGAGGAACUCGAGAGCGUCUCGGGCUGCAAAUCAGCCGUCAAACUGAAAGCCUCGGAAAUCUACUCAGACGACUCGGGCAGCAGCGAUUGGGAUGACGAUGAGAAGCCAGUGGGCAAACGUUCGCGCUCCAAUAGCAGCAAAGCGUCCAGCGAAUCGGAGGACGACGAGAAGGCCACAAAGAGUCCAGUGUUUAUCAACAAUCGCGAGGAUCUGAACAAGCUGCGACUGUCGCGCUUCAAAAUGGAACGUUUCGUCAAUCUGCCCAUCUUCGAGAGCACCGUGGUCAAUUGCUUUGUGCGCAUCAGCAUUGGCAACAACGGCCAGAAGCCAGUCUAUCGUGUGGCCGAGAUUGUUGGCGUUGUGGAGACGGGAAAGAUCUACUCACUGGGCACUACGCGCACAAAUCGUGGGCUGCGGCUGAAACAUGGAACACAGGAGCGUGUCUUCCGACUAGAAUUUAUAUCGAAUCAAGAGUUUACGGAAACGGAGUUCAACAAAUGGCACGAGGUGUGUCAGCAGGCGAAUGUGGCGAUGCCAACGAUGGAUCUGAUUGAGAUCAAACAGAAUGACAUCAAGAAGGCGCUCAACUACGAGUUCAAGGACGAGGAUGUGGACAAGAUUGUGGAGGAGAAGAAUCGUUUCCGCAAUCGCCCCACCAACUAUGCCAUGAAGAAGACCUGCCUCAUGAAGGAGCGCGACGCAGCGAUGUUGCGCGGCGACUACGACAUUGCCAACGAUCUGGGUCAGCAAAUCGAUCAGCUUGAGAGUCGCGCCUCCGAGCUGGACAAGCGACGUUCGCACAGUCUCAACUUGAUAUCGUACAUCAACGAUCGCAAUCGCAAACGUAAUGUGCAGGACGCCGAGAAGGCCAUCAUGGAGGAGGCGCGUGCCAACAAAGGUCUAAAAAUAUCGGAUCCAUUCACGAGACGCAUCACACAGCCUCGCAUGGGCUUCAAGGGUGGCAAGAAGGACGAGGAUGAUAUGCUUCCUGCACCGUUACCACCACCACCGCCGGGCAAAAAGAAGAACGAGACGAGCACAUCGAGUGCAAAGGCAACGGACGGCAAGGACUACAGUUUGUACUCGCUGCACGACUUCGACAUUGAUCUGGAUGUGCCGUUGCCAGUGAACAGCUCCAAUGCGUUGCCGAAGCCAGCGAACAAACCAACCGAGACGGUGUCCAAGCGUUCACUGAACCUGGAAGACUACAAAAAGAAGCGCGGUCUCAUCUAGCUGCAACGUUGAAACCACAUUAGCGUUUCAUUAUCUAUAUCUUUACCCCUUAGGCUAGAGUUGCGAGUUGCCAGUUGCGAAUUAAACGUGUAAUCUUUCGAUCGAAGUGACUAUUUGAGGAGAAGGUGGAAAUGUUUGUUAGCUUAACGCUCCAUUUUAGCAGUACAAUGAAAGAUGAAUCACCUAUAGACAUAAUUUACGAAUUGUAUUAUAUUUACGAAUAUAUAUUGCCGCUUUGUACUGUAUUGAGAGAAAUUCAUACCUGAGAUCAACCAAUUCCAAAUAUUCAUUCUCAUUCAGUGAGCAAAGAGCGCUGCAUAAUUUCUCGUAUCCUUUUGUCUGUCAGUGUCCUGUUUAUCUGUGUGUCUGUUUGCGAUUCAUAUGCAUAUGUAUCUUUUUAUAAUUUAUUAUCAACGAUUAGCUGAAUUUUACUUAACUCAAAACAAUAAAGACUCAUAUACAUUUAUUACUUGUUGAUAUGCAUUAGUCUAAGGAUCACAAACUUCUUUUGUAAUUUUGUUUAGCGUUAAGUUCUAAAGAAUGUAUUAGGUACUAUAUAAUCUAUCUGCCCUCUCUUCUCUUUUCACUCUUUUUCACACACUUUUCAUUUGUUUCAUCAAUAAACAAUUACUUAAGACAUGCAUAGAUACAUACUCGUACAUCAUUGUAAUGUUCUGCUAUAUAUCGUUGAUGAUAAUGCCCCCCUUAUAAGCAUAAUAAGAAUUAUAAUUAUACAAAUAAUAAUAAAUACAUUAAUUGUAAUGCGUCGGUUGUAAGCAUUGAACGCUGUAUUAAAUUUAAAAGAGAUCAAUUUAAAUGUAGCCAGGUCCAUAAAUAAAAAUGCUAUACUCG